GUAACUUACUACCACUUGCAUCGUCACCGCAUAAGACCAAAAUGGCACAGACACGAGCAUCCGCAUCUGAAGACAACGAAACGGAACGACCCUCAAAACGAGCCAAAGUCGAACCAGAAGCAGAUUUGACUGAAGGAAAUGCGGUCGACGCGUCCCUCGAGGAGCGCGAGGAGUCGCCAUUCUCGGAUGACAACGUAGAGGAUACCACGAAGGCUGCACAGGGCUCUGAUUUAUAUCUUGACACGAUCAACCGUGCUAUCCUUGACUUCGACUUCGAGAAAGUAUGCUCAGUAUGCUCGUCGAAUAUCAAUAUCUAUGGCUGCCUCGUUUGUGGAAAGUACUUUCAGGGUAGGGGUCGCAACUCGUACGCAUACGCACACUCCAUUCAUGAUGAUCACCACGUUUUCAUUAACCUUGAAACCACCAAGGUUUACGUCCUACCGGAUGGGUAUCUUGUCUCAGACCCUUCGCUAGAGGAUAUAUCAUUCGUUCUCUCACCAACAUUUACCCCUGCCACGGUUUCGACCCUUUCGAGCCCUCAGCAUCUCUCCAAACCUUCCUACGACCUCACUUCAAAGCCCUAUUUCCCCGGUUAUAUCGGACUGAACGAUAUCAAGAGGAACGACUACAUGAACGUCAUUAUCCACUCUCUUCUCCAUGUAGCACCUCUUCGUGAUCACCUUUUGCUGUCACGCUUUGAUGGGAAGCAAUCCGAAUUCCUGAAGCGAUUUGCCAGUUUAUCCAAAAAGGUCUGGAAUCCACGACUCUUCAAGAGCCAAGUCAGUCCGCAUGAAUUCUUACAGGAAGUUGGGAGAUCAAGUGGUGGUAAAUUUCGGUUGGAGACGCAAGGGGACCCUGUGGAGUUUCUGGGCUGGAUGCUGAACCACCUACACAAAGACAUGGGCGGGACGAAGAAAAAGAACUCCAGCAUUAUCUUCUCGUCCUUUCAAGGUGAAGUCCGAAUGGAGACCCAGCAAGUAGUUGUCCGGCCUGAUGCGGCAACUGGUGCUCGCCCUCACUUCGACAUUGACCGAGAGAUCAAAACGGCGGCAUCACCUUUCCUAUUCCUUGCAGUAGAUUUACCUCCACCGCCGUUGUUCCAAGAUGCGGUCGAAAAGAACAUCAUCCCGCAAGUAGGAAUUCAUACCGUACUGGCCAAGUAUGACGGUGUCACCACACAGGAAUCUCGAGGUCAACUGAGACGGUUCAAGUGCCAGCGGCUGCCUCCCUAUAUUGUUCUUCAUUACAAGCGUUUCACAAAGAACAACUUCGUGGAAGAAAAGAACCCAACCAUCGUCAACUUCCCACUGCGCGGAGUAGAUUUCAGCCCGUAUGUUGAUGGAUCAUCGUCGUCUCCAUCAACACUCUACGACUUGGUCGCCAAUGUCACCCACGAGUCUGUUGCGGGCACGGCCAGAGACAAAGAAAAUACCGUUUGGAAAGUCCAGCUGAGGGCCGGGUCCGGAGGAGGCGACAAUGAGAAAUGGUUUCAGAUCCAGGACCUCAUUGUUGAAGAAAUCCGCAAGGAGAUGAUUUUCCUUGGAGAAACGGUCUUGCAGUUCUGGGAACGUCGUACGGAGCAGAAGUAGGAAGUAUGUAGUAUCUAGUCAUGUAAAUGGAGGCUUGACUCGAAUGAACGGCGGCCGCUAUGUUAAUCUUUCGGCAGUGUAGCACAUAUUCACCGAUUCGGGAAUUCGUACAGAAGGGCGCUGUUGCCGUCCCUAAUACGCUGCUCUAUGAUUAUCUACUGAGGCUGCAUCAGCC